AUGACAAGUCCUGUUUCCCCCUUUCAAACUGGAAAUCAGCAUGCGCAAUCCAUGCCACCUUCCGGACAGCCCCUUCCUAACGAGUCCGUCCCUCCUGACUCUGCUGGGCUUGCCACUAGCUCGGCUGGUGUGACCUUAUCGACUCCUCAACCAGGCCAAUCUACAGCUGGAGUACCUACACAGAUGCCGCCACCGCCACCACCCAUGCAGCACCAAAUGCCUCAGCAUCAUUCUGGCAUGUACUACGCAGGUAGGCUAUACGAAGCUGGAAUAAACCCGCCUCUAUAA